AAGAAUUUGUUCUUAACUGACUUACCUAGUUAAAUAAAGGUUAAAUUGCAUAGGCCUGCAUAUUAUUAUUUUGUAUAGGCCUACAGAUAAAUUGGUUUAUAAAGGCCUUGAUUGCCAAUAGUCUGCAAAUAGUAAUAAAUGGUGAUAAACAUUGAUUGAAAUUGUGAGCUUGUCCUUUAGCUGCUUGCAAAAUUGCUUCCUUUUUCCUCAUGUUCAGCUGUUGUCAGAGAAGGGACAGUGUGGUGGGGCUUGUCCCUGGGUGAGGGUAGCUGUAUCUCUCAGACCGUCUAGCCCAACCUCUUAGCCACCCCCCCCCCCCUCCUAGCCCCUAUGCUUCCUGAUUUCUCUACGUGCGCUCACUGAGGUAUUAUAAGAACGCGUGCACUGCCAUGCCAAAUAAGUUUCCUGGUCUCAGAAAGCUCCACCCCUUUGGAAUAAAAGGAACAAGCUCAGUUACUCCCAGUGACUAGAGACUGCCUUUACACAGCAAGGAUUACUAGCCAAACACUGACCUCAAGCUGCUGCUGGCUGAAUCACAGUUUCGUUUCUAAAGCCUUGAAAGUUAACUUUGGUACUAGGCAGAGGGUGAAUCUUAAUGUCAUACUCCUCGUGUCCUCCCUCCUUGCCUCCUUCUCAAAACCCAUUGGAUGAGAAAGCCAGAGGUCCCGCCCCCCUAACUUUCUCCUCCAAUGGGUUUUGAGAAGGCGGGAGAGAAGAUGCGAGGAGUAUGACAUUGAGAUUCUCUCUAAGUCAUUCCAGAGGAGGGAGUGUCUCAAAAACAGAAUGGCUUCCAGAUCAGCUUCUCCUGAGGAGGAUCUCUCCUGUCCUUUUUGCCAUGAAAUCUUCAAGGAUCCUGUGGUCCUGUCGUGUAGUCACAGCGUCUGUAAAGCCUGUCUGCAGCAAUACUGGAAACAGAGGCGAUCUCAGGAAUGUCCAGUGUGCAGGAAGAGAAGCAGAUCAAAAGGCAAUCCUCCCUGUAACCUGGUCUUAAAGAACCUGUGUGAGGCAUUCUUACAGGAGAGGAGGCAGAGAGAUUCAGGGGAGUCUGAGGAGCGCUGCAAUCUGCACAACGAGAAACUCAAGCUCUUCUGUCUGGACGAUAAACAGCCCAUCUGUGUGGUGUGUCAGACCUCCAGAAAACAUAAAAACCACAACUGCUGCCCCAUAGACGAAGCUGCACAGUAUCAAAAGGAGGAACUCCAGACUUUCCUGAAGCCCUUACAGGAGAAGCUGGAGGUCUUUAAUAAAGUUAAACAAACCUGUAACCAAACAGUAAAACACAUUAAGAGCAAGGCCCAGAGCACAGAGAUACGGAUUAGAAAGGAAUUUGAGAAGCUCCAUCAGUUUCUACGAGAGGAAGAGGAGGUGAGGAUAGCUGUUCUGAGGGAGGAAGAGGAGCAGAAGAGUCAGGUGAUGAAGGAGAAGAUUGAGGAGAUGAGCGGAGAGAUAUCAUCACUUUCAGACACAAUCAGAGCCUUAGAGAAGGAGCUGAGAGCUGAAGACAUCUCAUUCCUACAGAACUAUAAGGCCACAGUGGUAAGAACCCAGUGCACACUGCCGGAUCCACAGCUGGUCUCAGGAGCGCUGAUAGACGUGGCCAAACACCUGGGAAACCUGCAGUUCAGAGUCUGGGAGGCGAUGCAGGGGAUUGUGAAAUACAGUCCUGUCACUCUGGACCCUAACACUGCCCACCCAGGUCUCGUCCUAUCUGAGAAUCUGACCAUUGUGAAAUGCACAAAUGAGAAACAGCAGCUCCCUGAUAACCCAGAGAGGUUUGAUUACUAUGCAUGGGUCUUGGGUUCUGAGGGCUUUAACUCAGGGACACACAGCUGGGACGUUGAGGUUGGGAACAAUACAUUCUGGUCACUGGGUGUGAUGGAAAAGUCUGUCCAGAGGAAGGGAGCAGUUAAUACUGGACACUGGCGAUUCUGGCACUUCAAAGGUAAAUACGGUGCAUUUUCCCCACCAGAAUCAACCAGUGUCCUCCCUGUGGCAAAGAAACCCAAGAGGAUCAGAGUGCAGCUGGACUGGGACAGAGGAGCGCUGUCAUUCUCUGACCCUGAUGAGAACACAUGUUUACACACUAUUACACACACUUUCACUGAGAGAGUCUUUCCGUACUUGGGUAGUUACUGCAAGCUCUCCCCUCUGAGAAUCGUACCAGCGAAGGCCUCUGUAAACGUACAGCAUAGUUAGAAUCUCUGUCUAGUGCAACAGCAUUUAUUGAUGAUGAUACGUGUGUCAAUACAUGUUUAUAGGUCAAAAAUCAUCUUACAAAUCAACUCCAUUUUAUUUUACAAUGAACAGAAAUUGUUGUUUGACAGUGAAAUGUAUAGAAUGUUAAAGGUAAUUGACCUCUAUGAGUGUAAACCCCUUGUUCUUGAUCAACCUUGUCACAGUGCACUACCACUGCCCUUCCCCUUCAUGUGAUGUUUCUGCUCAUCUUAAAAAUCUACUUGACAGUCAGUCACACUUCACUGUAUAUUCAUUGUAACAUUAUUUGGGAAGCUUAGCCAUUAGAGGCUUCUGUCUCUGGAGGAUGCCAGACAGAGCGGAAUAAUAAUUAUAACGAUUCCUAUCUGGCUCAAAGAACCAUGAAAAAGAAAGCAAUCUAGUGGUGGGUUGUCUCAGAGAGAGGUGUUGAUUCCUUUAGAACAACCAACCCAGGUACUUGGUGCUGCUACCUGCCCAUUGGUCAGUGGGAAGGGUACAGAGUGUUCAUACUGUAGGUAGGUGAGCUGACCGAUGCCUGGUCAGUGAGGACUAGGUAUGUAUGAAGUGUCCUGGCAGUUGCACAGCUCUAGGUGGUUUGACCUGUUAGAAGACAGCCUGACCAGCCCUGUAGGCUUUGAACCUCAGCAGAGCAGGCCGACCGUCUGAGAGAAGGAGCUGUCAAACUAAACGUGAAGUAUUCUAUCCGCCCUGUGUAUUGUAAAUGAUUUGUAAGGCCUGUUGUAUGUCUUGUUAUUACCAGUAAUUCUCUAUAAUAAAAUUGGACAAAAACGUGAA